AUGCUGACCAUUCUGUUGAUCCGAGUCGCCCUGUUGCCCGGCGCAUUGGAGGGUGUAAAAUACUACCUGACACCGAAUUUUUCUAAACUCCGGGAUGCCACCGCCUGGACGGACGCAGCCACUCAACUCUUCUUCUCCCUCGGCUGCUGUAAUGGUGCUCUGCUUACUCUCUCCAGUUAUAACAAAUUCAACAACAAUUGCUGCCGGGAUGCAAUUCUAGUGUCAUGCAUCAAUUGUGCUACCUCCAUCUACGCCGGCUUCGUGGUCUUCGCCACUCUUGGCUUCAUGGCCCAGUCACGAGGCGUCGAGAUUAAAGAUGUCGCUACCUCAGGUCCAGGCUUGGUGUUCGUGGUCUACCCGGAGGCCAUUAACCAAAUGCCGCUGCCUGUCCUCUGGUCGGUGUUCUUCUUUCUCAUGCUGGUCACUUUGGGCUUGGGCAGCCAAUUCCCCCUGGUGGAAACCCUGCUCUCUACAGUUCAGGAAGAGGGUCGCCAUUAUGGUUACCUGCAGACAAGAACAUCGCAGAUCCUAUUCCGGUAA